AUGCAAACCCUGACUCUUAGGCGGAAAACUAGUCCGUUUAAAACAGACAAAGGUGGUGCUAUACGAUUUAUGGGUGAUGGAGUUAGUUACAAAGCCAAACUCAUUGGCGUGUUGGAAGUCAAUGAGGCUAGAGGGGAUAGAAUGUGCCAAGAAGCGUUGUUUGACUUGAAGAUGGCGAUAAGGGCCGCCGGAGAGCACAAACAGCGCAUUACCAUAAAUGUAGCAAUUGAUGGACUUAAAUUGAGGGAUGAAAAGACUGGGGAUUGUUUGUAUCACCAUCCUAUACAUAAGAUAUCAUUCAUAGCACAAGACAUGGUGGACUCUAGAGCAUUUGGGUACAUAUUCGGUUCCCCUGACACCGGCCAUAGAUUUUUUGGUAUAAAAACAGAUAAAGCUGCAAGCCAGGUUGUCAUUACUAUGAGAGAUCUUUUUCAAACUGUCUUUGAGUUAAAAAAACAAGAAAUAGAAAUGACUAGGCAGCAACAAAUUAUGAAAGGCAGUGGACUUUAUCUAGAAGCACUUGCUAGUACAGCAUCAAAAGUUGAUCAUGCUAGUUGUAAUGAUGAUGGCUCUAAAAGAUUCAACCGUGAUUUGUCAAGUAUGGAAAAAUCUGAGUUUAAAAAUACAACUCCAAAUGCUAAUGACCUAUUGAACUUGGAACUUGAACUAAAUAAUUUACAACAAGGAUUGUCUCAAAUGGAAAGUAUUACCCCACCAUCAGCUGACCCUUUUGGAGAUUCAUUUAUUGUUACUCCGUCUGUUGCGUUAACAAAAUUACCACCACCACCAAGUUCUGGAGAACGAAGAGCACGUAAUAGUUCAGCAACUCCAAGUUCAGGACAGCCUGAAAAACAUUGGUUUGACAAAGAAACUGAAAGUAUUUUCAGUAUGACAAACCCUAGUGAAGUUCGUCAAUCCCUCCAAGCAUCUGAUUUUAAGGUCAUUGAAUCAACUAACCGCACGAGUCCAACAAUUAAGUGUGAUGCAUUUGAUGUUUUUACUGAACUAGAUCCUUUAGGAACUGGUCGUAGUAAACCUUACGUAGACAAGAAAGACUUCUUUCAAGAGCUCAAAAAUCCUCCAAAGAAAAUAUUAAAUCAACUUGCUGCGUAUGAAAAUGAAAAAUUUUCAGAGCAACAACCUCAAAGUUUACCUACUAAAACUGUGAGUGAUUCAUUUACUUCUGAUAUAUCAUUUAAAGAUACUAGUGGACUUAUUGAAGAUCCUUUUAAAACUGAUAAUUUUGAUAAAUCUCAUUCAAAUUCUGUUGAAAUGGAGUUUGCUGAUUUUUCUUCAUUUGAAUCUCUGAAACCAGUCUCACCACAAUUGCAACAUAAAUCUCCAUUAUUAAAAAGUGAUAGUUCGUCAUCACAAAAUUCUGCUCAAGGAUUAUUGAAGGUAUCCCUUCCACCAGAAACACAAAAACCAUAUAAUAUAUCUACAUCACCUAAGUAUAACUUAAUGUCUAAAAAUAGAACAAAAAUAAAAAUGAGAAAAUCUCCAAGUCCAGAUUAUUAUAGAAAUGACGACCCAACUUCCCCUGAUGAUGAUUAUGCUAUUAUGAAAUUGAUGACUUUGCCUCAAAGGAUAGACAUUGCUCCUGAACCACCACCAAGACCUUCAUCUUCGUUAGAGCCUCCACCUUUGCCACCUAAAAAACAACAAAUACCUUCUAAAACUGUGAAACCAAUACGUACACGUAACAGUCAUUAUGACUAUAUAGAAAACUAUGUUAGUUCCUACAAUUUGCCAUCUACACAACUAGAAAAUGAAGCUCCACCAUUACCAUUACCAUCUAGAAAACCAAAAAGUGACAUAAAAAAAAAGAAAGAAGAAGUUGAUUCGGAAUAUUAUUUAGUACCUGUUUCAGUAAGAAAAACUAGCAGUGAAUUAAAAUCAAAUGUGUCUACUUCACUUGAUAUAACAUUAAGUCAAUUAACAAAAACAGGGUUUAGUGAUUUAGCAGAUACCUUAAGAAUAUCACCCACUUCUUUAUCCAAGAUGACUUUAAAAGAAUUGACUUUCCGUUUGUCCAAGUUGACUAUCAACAGUAGUGAAGAAACCCAAACUAUUCCUAAAAAGACUGAAGAAGAUAAAAAAGAACCCGAAAAAUCUUUAUAUGAUAAGUAUGCAGUAUUUAGAGAAUUAUUAGAUGAGGAAAAAACUAGUGAGACUGUUGUUGAAGAAAAUGAUAAAUAUGCAGCCCUCAGGGAUAUUCCAAUAAAAGAACCCACGUAUGAAGAAGAAUCAUUAGAAAACUUUCCAAUAGAAGAAAUUGUUGAAUCAAAUCAAAGCAAUAAUAUUUCAGAACAAAGUGAAGUUGAAUUAAAUAACGACCAAGUAUUUGAACCUGAAGAUGAAAAAAAUAUUGAAGUUGUUGAAACUAAGGAAAAUUUAGAAGUUGAUGAAGAUGACGAGGAUGAUGAUGUAAGAGUAGAUUAUGAAGAAGAAGAGGAAGAAGAAGAAGAUGAAUAUGAAGAAGAAAACUGUGCCAUUAAAAAUGAUGAUAUAAAAGGAGUAGUUGAAUGUGAAGUUUUAAAAGAAGAUGUUACUACUGCAAUAAUAAAUCCCGAACUGAUUGAAAAUAACACAUGUCAAAAACUGUCUGAUAACGCUCAAUGUUGGGCAACUUUUGAUGUUGAACCAGAAGUAAUCAAAAACCCAAAUUCUCCUUGGGCUGCAGAUCGAGAACCACCACCAACAAUUAAACCUAAAGUUAAUUUGAAAAAAGUACCUUCGAAUCGCAGUAAAUGCUCAUCCAGCUGGGAUGAUUGUGAAGAAUCUGAAGAUAAUUGGGAUCCAGCAAAAAGAAGUUUAGAAAGUUCAAUUGAAGAUUUCCCCCGAACCGUAAAUGGUUGGAGUGAUGGAGAAUCUAUGUAUGAGGAUGAACCUUAUUAUGAAAGAAAGCCUAAUCGUAGAAGUAAUCGUAAAAUAUCACCUCGGCGUCGUGAACCAUCUCCAUGGGAUGAAGGGACCAGAUAUAAUGAUGAAUGGGAGUCACCAUAUAUGAUUCCACAUUGGAGAGUUCCACAUAUGGAGGACGAACGGAGAAGGUCAUCAAAAGAUGAUAAAAGACGUGUUUACACGCGGCCCGACAUUGAUAGAAGAGUUCAAAAAUUACCAUCUACCCCAAACUGGGAAGAUGAAAAAUACCAAAGGCUGAUAUAUGAAAGGCGAAGGAGAUUUCUUGAAGAACAAUACAAUUGGGAUCGAUAUGGGCCCCCAAUUCCAAAAGGUUUCAAAAACUAUUCUAGGCCUCCUAUUGAUAAUAGCGAUGAUGAGGAUGUAAAAAUGCGGUAUAGGUUACCAAAAAAAAAUCGAUAUGUUUCUUCAACGACACCCAGAAAACCAAGAAGAUCAUACCACCGUCGAAGCGAUGGCAGUGACGAAGACCACAAUAUUCCACCUAGAAAGCCAUAUAGUCAAGAAGAAUUGGAUUUGAGUGAAUCUGAAUUAGAACAAAAUUGGUCCAGAAGAUCAAAAAAUAAAUGGUCUUUGAAACGUAACCAGACAUCUCCUUUUGAUGAUAACUUUACACCCGAUAGCCCUGAUUCUUCCUUAUUUACUAAAACUAUGAGUACUUGUUCUGAUUUAGGAUAUCUUACUAAGCCAUCUCCGUCCACUAGUUCUAAAACAAAUAGAAAUCCAAGAAAACCAAAACGUUCAGAUAGUGGUCAUAGGUCUAUUGAUUCAAACUCUAAAACUGAAGGAACAAAGCGUUCUCCAUUUGAAGAUGAUUUUACACCAGACAAUGCUGGCAAAGGUAGUAUGUCAAGUGAAUUCAGUUUUAAAGACGAUGAUGUUUUUGUGGCUAAAGAUAUAAAAAUCUCACAAGAAGAACUAUCUAACUCACCUAAAGAGAUGAAAAAAUCAGAGUCCAUAAACAUAUUUUCCAGAAAUACAGACCCAUUUGAGGAUGAUGAUUUUUUUAAUCAGGAAGUGUCUAGCAAACCAAAUCUGGCUUCUCUGGAAGAGGCUAUUUCUGAUCAUGAAGGUGAUGAAUGGAAAAAGCGGCCUGAUCGAUCAAAAAACGAAUGA